AUGAAAACUUUUGCUUUGUUACAUAAAUUAAACGUAUACAAGGAAAAAAAAAAAAAUGAAAAUUUAUAUUUUUUUUCUUUAUGUAUAAGCAAAGGUUUUGUUUAUGUUGGUUCAACAAAUGGGAGGAUAUUUCUUUUUAAGAAAAAUGCAUGCUGUUUAUUUGCUCCGCUAAUUUUUCAAGACAUAAUUAGGACCCCUACAUCUGGAAUCGUAACGAAGAUAUGUCUUGUGGAUUUCCUUAACCUUUUAAUUAUUGGAACUGAUAAAGGCAACAUUUUUGUCUUAUACGAUAAAAACGUAACAAAGGAGAAAGAACAAGGCAAUAAGAGUGGAAAACAAGAGAGUGCAAUUAAAUUACGUACCAAAUUUCAUCAAGUUGCCAUAACGAGUAUAAACUACCUAAUAAAAAAUGACAAAGGUACAUGUGAUGGAAAAAGCAGAAAGAGUAAAAGGUUUUACCUCUUUGUUGGAGAUCAGAGUGGAGUGUUGUCAUGUUUCAUUUUAAAAAAAAAAAAAAUGAAACUAGGAAUCGAAUCGAACAUACUGCUAAUCAAUAAGACAAACGGUCCAAUUAAUCACAUAGAAAUUGCACGAGGAGUAAUUUUAGUCACAUGCAAAACGUUUAAUGUUAUUAUGAAUAUAGAAGAUGCCCUUGCAAAAAAUCAAAUAAAUUUUAAAAAUAUUGGAAAAAAAGAAAACACAAAUUAUUACAAGUCUGUUUUUUGUAAUACUAAAGGAAAGAAUAAAAUUCCCAUCAUUUUAAGUCUUAGAAAAAACGGGCGUUUGUGGCUAAGUCACAGGGAGAAGGUAAUAAAUACAUUGGUUUUUUAUCAUUCCUCUGUUUAUAUAUUUUACUUGUUUUUUUUUAAAAUCAAAAAUGGAAAAACCACAGUUCAACAGUAUAAUAGAAGGGAUGAUAUACCGGUUGAUGAUAAGGAGACAAAAAAUAGUAACUUCACCUCACAGAAAAGUCACGUAGAUUUUAAUUCAUCAUUUCGCUUUUACAAAAAUUUUUUUUUGAAUAAUAUUUAUUUUACUACCCUGUUAAAAGAAAUUUUAGCAAUAUUUAAAAAUUUUUCUCUUCCCCUAAAGCCGAAUGUAAACGUGUGUUAUAAGAUAAAUAAAAAUUACUUUAUUCUUUUUGAGCAAUUCAAUCCACUGUUGAUCUUUGCGAAUGACUAUUCUGUUGCUUGUAACAAUGAAUCGUGUAGGAAUAACGAACAAAUGGAUCUUCUCCAUUUGAGAAAAGAUAUAAAAACGGUACGAGAAUUCAUUGAAAAAAAAAUGAAAGAUGAAACGAAUGAAGAAAAUAAAAAAUGCUUAUCAUUUGUAAUAAACAAUUUUGAUGAAGCAGAAAAUAUUAUGUGUAAAUUUAAGAGUAAAAAAAUAUUCUUGAUUAAUGUUAAAAGUAUCGAAAUAGAAGAAAUGAUGGUUCUCCAUAUGGGUUCGAUGAAUCAAAUAGACAGCGAAGGAAGGAUGGAAGAUCAUGCCACCUUUUAUAGAUCUAAAGAAACUGCAGAUACUUUCAGUAAAAAAAAAGACAAAGAUAUUAUGAAAGUAAGUUGUCUUAGUGAAGUGAAUUCUACAUCAUUUUACAAAGAGGAUAGUUCUGGUAGUUACACCCCUCUGAAAGGCGAGAACCAUUUUGAUAAUUUGACACAUGCCAAAUCAGGGAAAAGAGAAGAUAUAGAAAAUAAGAAAGGGGAUAAGAGAAUUUUGUAUGAAAAGUAUUUUUCAGAAGACAAGAUAAUCGAUUCAGUUAAAUGGAAAAAGAAGCUGUGCUUGUUAUACUUGAACCGGAAGAUGGAGGAGGAUUUUUAUUUCGCUCAAAACAUGAAUGAUGUGUUUUUGUCGCCCCAGAAUGUUGAGCAGAAGUGGGGGAAGCAAGAGAAAUUGGAGAAUCGAGAGGAAGGAGAGGAAGUACAAGUAGAAGAAGUAGAAGAAGUAGAAGAAGUAGAAGAAGUAGAAGAAGUAGAAGAAGAAGGAGGACUACGUUUUUAUAUAUGCGAAAUACACCUGGAAGACAAUUUUGGAUUAUCAAAAUGUCUCACACGUGAAAUUGAAAAAUUGACAAACUUGAAGGAAUCGUCAUUUUGUAUGAUACAAUUCUACAUGAACUAUUUUUACAAUGAUUUAAGCUAUAGAAAGAAAUCCUUAGAUGCAAAUUUUUUAUUUACCUUAGAGAAAGAUUUAAUACAAUUGGAUUCAUCGAAUCUUUUUAUCGAUAAAAUAAAUGAAGUAUUAUUAAAAAAUAUACAAGUGGUAAAAACAAAUAUAAGAAAUUUAUUUUCUCUAUCCCAAAGGAUAAAAGCAGACAAGUUGAAUCUUCUUACAGAUAAAAAUUACAUAUAUGGUGUGAGAUUCUUCAAUACUAUUUAUGUACAAAUGAAUUUUCCUUAUUUUCAUUUAAAUAUGAGAAAAGUAAAGCAGUUGUAUAGACGUAUGAACAGUGUAAUUGUUAAGUAUAGACAUGUAUUUUGUGUACUUAUUAUGCAGGAGGUAUUUUCUGCUAAGGUUGAGGAUCAUACAUUUCACAACGAUAUAAAUCUUUUUAGUGAAGAUGUCGACAUUGCUACUUGUGUUGCGUUCAUUUUAAAUAACGACCUUUUGUUAUUCCAAUUUUUAUACUAUUUUUAUUUUUUUUUCUAUGUUGAAAUUGCCAUCACGAGUUUUACACACAGAGAAAAUAACUGCUUUACGAAUUUUCCAACGUACAUACCAGACAAAAGUCACAUCUCCCGCAAAUUUCGCGCAAAUGAGAAAAAUAAUUCACCUGUCCACGUUCAUGCAGAAAUGGGAAAUGUACAAAGCAUAGGUGGGUCAAUAAGAACACACGAAGUGGCAAAAUCAGAGAGGGGAAUUAUUAGUGUUACACCAUGUGGAGGACAUUUAUCAAGUGAAGAAAUUUUAGUAGGAAGCAAAACGUAUAAUGAGAGUUCAAAUAGAAGAACAAAUCAUAUUAAUGUUAUUUAUACAUAUAUGGGUUCCUCUAUGAAAGCAGAUAAUUGGUUCAUUCCGAGUAGAAAAUGUUAUCAAGGGGGCUCUUCAUCGGUUAACAAGAAUGCAUUUGAAAGGUUUGAAGCGCUUGAAACGUCUCACACGUCUGAAACGCUUGAAACGUCUCACACUUCUGAAACGCUUGAAACGCUUGAAACGCUUGAAAAUUUAAUUUUCGCAAUGAAGCGGGGUUCAAAGAUAGGAAGAAUUCAAUCUAAAUGGACUCACAAAGAAAUAGCACAACAUAAACAUCCCAGACAUCUAACUACGAAGGAACUUUUUUUUGAAUGCAAUGAACGUAUCACUCUUGAGAAGACCCGAAAAAACGUGAUCCUGUUUUUUUUCACGCUUUAUAUGUAUCGAAAGGAGAAAAAACACAAAAUACGCAAAUUGUAUGAACAAUUCAAACGUUCAUUCUUACAUAGAAAGAAAGGUAUGAAUGUAGAAAUGAAGGAAAAUCUGAAAAGUGCCUUAGGGAUGUGCAAAAAGGAAGAGAUAAUGAAAUUGUCCCAAUGUGUUAAUCGUCAUUUUUUACCAAAAAAAGAAUAUUGUAAUCGUAGAGGCAAUAUGUUUCUUACACAUUUGGAAUAUCAGAAAGAGAGGGAAAAGAAUGUUUCAUUUAUGAAUCGAAAUGAUGACAUUGGGGAAGAUGAUGCAAUAGUGCAAUAUAGAAAGACAAUCAAAAUGGUUCAUAUGAGAAAACUUUUAAAAAAAUAUAUUGGAAGUGAUAAUUACAGCAAGGGUAUAAUAAAAGAGCAGAUGUCAGUACAUGAAUUUUUGAUGUACAGUGAAAGGUUAUAUUUUUAUCAAAAAGUACUUGAAGGAGUGUACAUAAUAAACCUAAAUGAUUAUCGACAAAUUUAUGAGUGUCUUUUUUUAUAUAAAUUAUUUUUUAAAUUAUUUAAAAGGGAAAUUAUUUUAUUUUUUAUUCAUCAAAAUUGCAAAAGAAAAAAUGAAAUGAAUAAUCAUCACCUUGUGAGGUAUUGUCUACUUCUGAAUACAUUUGUUCAUAUCUCGAAACAGCAAAAGGAAGAGAACAAUCAAACAGGAAUAGUUAAAAUAGUAGGAAAUAAAGAGAUGAAAUUUUUUCAAAAAUGGAAUGAAUAUAUUAUAAAUAAUGAUAUCUUACUGAUGGAUAUAUUAUUUUCAUUAUAUUACCACUCAUCCAGUAGUGCAAGUACAGAUUUGAAAUUGUAUAUAAAAAAGUUUUCAAAUUUUAAUUAUCUAUCUGAAUACAUCAAUUACAUAAAAGGAGAGGUAGAAAAGGGGAGUGAUGCCAUCAAGCACGGACGAAAUGGAUCCAAUAUUUUGCUCAGCUUCGAUGAAAAGGUAUGGAAGGAAAAAGAAAUCGAUCAUAAUGAAUCGAAAUGUUAUAUGAACAACUGGUACACUGUUAAGAAUGAUAGGUAUGGUGUCUGUUUCAAGGAGGAAAGCUUCCCAUUUGAUAAAACGGGCCAUCGAGGGAUAAGCGAAAAAAGCACGAAAGAUGUAACUAAAACACUUUAUUCUACACAAUUUUCUGUACAAAAUGAUAGUGCUCUGCAUGAACAAGAUAAGGUAAAAAAACGAAUGAAAGAUAAAUUUAGAAAAAAGGAAAAGAAAAUAUACAUCCUUCAUGUUAACAACUUCUUGAUGGAGUACAAUCGCUUAAUGAAUAAACAUUCAUGUAUGAAAGGUAAAGGAGAAAGUCGCGUUCCCAUUUUUUUUAAAAAUAUAGACACAUACACUUCUGUGAAAAUUUUUUAUUUUUUGUGUAAAGAGAGGUACUAUUAUGAAAAAAUGUUUUGUCUAAACCAGGGAUGUCAAAGAAAUCAAAACUGCUUUGGCAGAAGAAGAAGAACAACAACAACAGGAGGAGGAAGAGGAGGAGCCAAAUAUGGGCAGGGGAAAAAAACUGAGAACAAGGAUGUUAUGAAGAACGACAAUAAUAAAAGGAAAAAUGAUAAACAAAUUAUAAUGAAAAAAAAUAUUCUUAAUUUGCAGAACAUGUUGCUGUACUACUACCCCUAUAGUGAUGAAAUUUUGGGCAGUGAUAAACAAAAAAAUGAUUUAAAAAAUAUUAAUAACUUAUUUAACGAAUUUGUGAAAUAUUCAAUGACAUCCAAAAGAUGGAAAGCAAAACAGGGAGGAUUACUUAACAGAAAGAACGCUAAAUUAUGUAUCGAGUUCUUACGUCAUCUUAGAAGAGAUCAAACCAUGUGGUGGAAGAACCACAGCUUAGGAAGAGAAAAGAAAAUGUGUUUCAUGUUGUUCAAACUGGCAUAUGUUUUGCAUUUGCUGAAUUGGAGGAAGGCACUAAUUUUUUUCCUUGAAAUAUUUAAGAAUCACAUUCGUGAUUUUUUUUUUUUUGUCACACUUUUGAAAAUGUAUUCCUUUGAAGAAUUAUGGUGGUCUCAGGAGAGAUGCCAUCAUGAGGGCUCUUGUUCCUAUUCAUCAUUUCCAUUGAGGGAGUGUACGCUUCAUAUCCUGUACAAGAGGUAUUCUGAGAUAGCAAAAAAGAAUCAAAGUUACGAAGAUGCAAUUUUGUAUAUGUUGAUCCAUGUAGGUAGAGACAUUAUGAAUUAUUUCAUCAUCCUAGUUAUGAUAAUUUUGAAAUACUUUUUUGAAAAAUCCAUUUUUUUAAAAAAUGGAUUAAUAAUUUGUAAAAAUGCUAUAAAUGAGAAGCAUUCAUUAUUAUAUAUUUAUUUUUUUAAAAAUAAAAUAUUUAAAAGAGUGAAUAUUUUUUUACCCAACUUAUUUAAAUCAUUUCAUACAUGUGAUAGUUUUUUUUUUUCUGAUCAUACAUUUAUUAAGCACAUUUUUAAGUCUUGUUAUACAUUUGUGAACUUUAAGAAUAAAAAUUCUUUAACUAUGUUAAAUAAUUCGUUAUAUUUUCAUUUUGUAAAAUUACUUAAAUUUUUGAAUGUAAAUUAUUCGAAUGUUUUUUACUUCCAUUUCAUUUUUUUUAUGUUAAUAUCUUAUUUUUAUAUUGGAUAUUAUGCACACGUACAUGUAUUUUUGCACAUUUUAGAUGGCACUUUAAAUACCAUUCUUCCUAAGUUAAAACUCAUAAACGUGGAAAAAUGGAAACAACUUAGUUGUGUAUCAAGAUUGGAAGAAGGACUACUACCUCUUCAAUGCCAAGUCAUUCCAGAUUGCAAAUACAGCAAUGCAGAAAUUGUCUAUCUGAAGAAUAGCGAAAUGUUUACUUAUGAACAGAGUAAUUUCCAAUCUGGGGAGUGCAAAAAUAAGUUUAAAUUUCUCACAUCCAUUGACAGUGCUGCUAUUAAAGGCAUGCGUGUAGAGGUAGAAGAGCGAAUGAGAGAAAACACCCCAUUGAAUAAGAAGAAAAAGGAGAUCCACAAAUUAACACAAAUUAAAUGUCAUAAGAUGCAUUUAACUGAGGAAUGUAUACAUGAAAAUGUAAAUUAUUUGUGUAAUUUUUUUUAUGAACUGUUAAUAAAAUUUCUAUGUGAAGUAAGCUACAAGGUGUGCAACAAAAAAGUGGACUUACAUAUACAUAACAAUGGCAAAAAUGGAGAAGUGUGUUUAAAAAUUUGUGAAUUCAUAAACAAGUUGUAUGGGUCAUGUACACUAAUAUGUAGUAACAGAUAUGAAGAUGAUACUUGGGAUAGAAAAAUGCGUAAAGAGUUACAUGUACCGUGGAAGAAAAAUAUAGACGUAAAAAUUUAUGACGAAUUGAAUAAUACCCAUACACUUGUGGAUAUAAUUAACUCCUUUUUUAGUAUAUAUUAUUGCUUACUUUCUAUCAAAAUUAGCCUUAAAAAGAAGAGUCCUAUUUUUAUACCAAAACGUAAACAAUAUAAAAAAUAUUUAUUAAGCAUAAUUUGUGGCUUAUUUUUUGACAUAACAGAUCUGACAACAUUUGAUAAGGUAAGCAGCGAGGAGAAGAGGAGUCAUGGCAAGAAUGACAAGAGGUGGAAGAAUUUCCAGGUCAAGGGAAAAAUUAUACAAAAGGAAAAAUCCCUAAGCGUUCUCACUUGCGUGCUGUGCAUUGCUCAUUUUAUGAGUAAUUUUAAAUACAUUAAAGGAAAUGUAAAGAAGAAAUUUCUCUUCAUGCUUGAUUAUUUUUUGGUGAAUCACAAUUUUCCGUAUUUUAAUUAUGACCAUUGGUCACCUUCCCCCUCCCAAAAUAUACACCAAAUAUACCAGGCAAUCAUAAAAAACUUGCCGAAAAAUGUGAAAUCAGUUAAGUGA